CAUUCAUCUCUCGGGGAGAGAAGAGGAAACUACAACAGGACGAGAAAAGAAACAUUUUCUUUUGAGUGGGGGGAAAAAAAGGAAGAUCUUUUAUAAAAAUUUCUGCGUUCAGUCUCUGACUCUGGAAGACUUUCACUCCAGCCUCCAGCUGCAAGUUUUCCUUUUCGUCAUCAUUUCUUUUUACACCCAAAAACACUGUGCUGCUGCAACAUUUCUCUGCGUGGAGAUACUUCCACCUCUCUCUCCUGCAACUGCAACUGAGGACAUUUUUCUCUUUGCGAAAGCUACAGAUUUAGGAGUCAGACGCCAAAACUGUGCCUGUUUCUGACAGGAUCUCUAUUUCAGAAGCAUCUCUUGCAACUUGCAAGGUCUCUCCCAGCUCGGACGGAGAGUGUGGAGCCCUUAGAUGCAGCGUGCGUAAAAAGGGACUGUUCGGUUUUUGUGGGGAGGAGGAGGUGACCUCAGGAGGACGCACAGGGAUCAGAGCGCUCCCUGGAAGAGCUCCGGGAAGGGGAGGAGGAGGAGGAGGAGGAGGAGGGUGCGUCACAUUGAGAAAGAGCAUCCUCCCAGCCUUAUCCCUCCUUACAUUCACACACCCUUAACACCACAGGGCUACAGUAAUCUUAUAAAAUAUCUAUAGUGGGUUAUCGUAUAAAUAUUUCAGCAAAAUAACCCAUUGCUGUAAAGUAAGAUCUUAAAAGUGAGAUUAAAAACUCACUAAAGUACAUUAAGGCUGAAGAUAAAUUAAUCACUGGGUUCCACAGAGAUAUAAGUCAUUACAAGGAUAUUAUAGGAAUAUUAUAGACGUUUUUUGUCAUACGCACACGUACACCCAGGACACCCCAGCACGCCGCCGCAGAAUGGAUCUCCCACCAGUCAGAGGUUUAUCUGAUGUGCCGUGAGUGUUGGGAGCACCUUGCCCCAGCCCCGGCCUGCAGUCCCGGUGCCACCCAGCCUGGCUCACCAGGAUGGACCCUGCUCAUUCCUUUAGGAUGGAGCUAGAUGGGCUGGACCUCCAGCAGGUCCCAGUGCUGUCGCUUGACCAGAUACGUGCCAUCCGGGCCAACAAUGACUAUGUGGAGAGGCCCGUAGCACUGGAGCCACCGUCCCAGUCUGGAUUUUUUUAUGCCCAUGAUGACCGAUACCCUCAUGGAGUAUACACCCAUCACCCCCAGCCCUCCUUCCACUCCGCCCUCCCCCGCAGCCAAAGUCAGCAGCAGCAUGCUCACCUGUCCCACCUGAGCCGUUCCAGUACUAUAAGCUCUUCCAUGUCUCGGACCAGUGCCACGUCAGACCAGCGGCUCCUUGCAGGUUUGACGCCAUCUCACUCUGGGCUGAGUUCAGUGAUCCGUUCUCAACCUAAAGGAGAACUCAAGCCCGACACUUCCUUUGGUAAAGGCCUGACGGAGGACGAGGCUGAGCUGGGCCGUCAUCUGUUCAUCUGCGAGCGGUGUGGUCGCUGCAAGUGCCAAGAGUGCUGCGCCCCCCGCCGCCUGCCUUCCUGCUGGGCCUGUGGACAGCGCUGUCUGUGCUCUGCUGAAAGCGCCGUGGAGUAUGGCACCUGCUUGUGCUGCAUUAAAGGCUUAUUCUAUCACUGCUCCGCCCAGGACGACGAGGAUAACUGUGCCGACCGGCCGUGCUCCUGUGCUCCAGCCCAUGCCUGUGCCCGCUGGGGCACGAUGGGGCUGCUGGCGCUCUGCCUGCCCUGCCUCUGCUGCUACCCCCCUGCCAGGCUGUGCCUUGCCCUGUGCCAGUGCGCCCACGACCGGGCCACGCGCCCUGGCUGCAGGUGCAGCAACACCAACACUGUGUGCCGCAAGAUUUCCGCCUCCAACCCUAACCCCGGUCACCCCUCGCUCCGCAGCAAAGCUCUGGAGAAGCCGUUAUGACAGGCUUGGAUGGGGGCCAGGUAAAUCCGUUUCCCCUCAGCCGUGGCCAAAGCAACGCUGUCGCCAAUCAACGGCGCCACAGCUGACAAUGUGACGACAAUGCCAUUGUGACCCACCUACCUACAUAUGACAAGCCAACCAACCAACCGUGAAGUGUUGUUCACCUAAUGUACCUUGAAUUUACUUCUUCUCCAGCUCAGGAGGGACCAAAGCUUUACUGUGCCUGUUCACGUUGGAGACUUCAUGCCUAACAAACAAAAACUCUUCCCGAAUGAAGAAGCUGUCGUGCUUUGCUGGACUGCCCUUCAACCUUAACCAAGACUUCCAAGACAGAAAUCACCUCUCUCCGCGUCCUGUGGUGUAAAUCUGGACGUCUUAAAAUCUAUUUAUUUAUUGUUGAACCCACUUUUCUCCCAACCCAUUGCAAAGAGAAUGCACAGGCAGGUGAUGGACCAAAUCAGGAAGGAAAGACGCCUGUGGUGACAUGUCCAGUCUAUGCCAACAGGGUUUCUGUCCUCUUGAAAGAGAAAAUCGUAAGAGGCUGGAGAGACUGAGAGCUCAGACCACAAAGACAUUCAGAAAACUCCACAAAAGGCUGAAGAUGAACGAACGAAGAAACCAAUGUCACGCUGCGGUGAAUGUCUCUGAGCAAAGCACCAAGGCACAAAGUGAGAACAAAGACACUCGUAACACACCUGUAACAACAGUCUGACACCAAAAAAGGGACCAUGCACUGUACAAACUGUGUGAACUUCAAUGCUAUUAAGCUCAUUUGUAAAGGUAAAGCACCAUGAGGUAGAUGGACGAUGUUUUCCUCAGCAGCCAAGAGCUGAAUGGGGAUUAUUUAACCGGAGGGAGGGUGCAUCCAGGCAGCGUGUGUGUGUGUGUCUGUGAGUGUGUGUGUCCUCCUACUGUACAACAACCUGUGUAUGUAGAGCCUUUGUGUAUGUUGUUUUGUCAGCAGAAGAAGCCUCCCUUGUUUUAUUUUUAGCAGUGCCGCUUCGGUGGAGCUCUGGGGGUCUGGUCGGGUUUCCUCCCGAAGUCAGUCUGUCGCCAACCUCCCUCCUCUGACCGACCUCCUUCACUGCCCCCACCUCCAUCCUCCUCUCCUCCUCCAGCCCACUUAAUCCUCUCCUCCAUUCUUCUCCCACCCUCAAAUCAAAUCGUCUUUUCUCUGAACCAUGUCUAUGUCUCGCUCUCAUUCAGUGUGUCCAUUAUCACUGCGGUCUAGAAUGACUUAAGGUGGCAGCUUUAGUUUCUUGAUUCAUUAUUGCAUAUUUGUAUCUUUACCAACUAUACUGUUGAGUUGUUAAAUUAAAAUAGGGAAAUUUGUUUCUACUACAACAGAAGUUCAAUUUUCAUAGAAUUUUCAACCCAUAACUAAUCCAAACCUGGUCUCAGGAUUGCUGGAGUUCUUGGUAACCCAGUGUUUUUUGGGGAACUGAGAUUCUGAGUUCAGCUGGCUGACUCGAGGUGUAUUAUUCCCACACACCCAUCUUUCCCCUCCUGCCUCGUUCGUCUCUCCUCUUAUGCUCAGAGGGCUAAAAGCCUCCAGUUCCUGGUCCGUAGAGAGUUGAUCAAACAGGCAAUUAGCUUCAUGAUAGCUCUUAAUGGGCCGGAGAAGAAUGGAGCGUGGGAGGGAGGGGAAGGGAAGGGGGACAGGAUGAGUGGCGUUGUGGUGUUUGGCAGAUGGACAGCUGAUGGGGAGAGAGGGAUGCUGGGAGGAAGGAGAAAGGAGAGAGGUUGGAUGAAGGGAAGGAAAGAGGAAAGGGAGGACUGUUAAUCGUGCGUGCUCGAUAAAACGAGCCAUAUGACUUCUUUUUCCUUUCACUGACUUUCAUCGCACCUACUGAACUGAAUUCAGCUCUUCAGGAACACAAAUAUAAAUGCAACAACAGAGCAUGGCUUUUCUAGGAAGGGAGGCUUCAAAGCUGAGUUUAAAACAGCACACACGCAGCAUCAGGCGGGUGCAUGUCUGAGUGUACGCUUGUGUGUAUGCAUGUACAUGUUUUUAAGUGCGUGUGAUGUUUGGAUGCAUAUUUCUGUGUGAGAGUGUGUGUGUGUGUGUGUGUGUGUGUGUGUGUGUCUGUCACGAUGCAUCACCCAAGCGCAGACACACGCACACACUGACCUGAUUUGUUAAAAGUUACUUUGCUAUAUUUUUAUAUGUAAAUAUGGGCUAUUAACCGUAUAACUAUUUUUAUUCUGCUUUAUUUUGGACCCAUGAGAUUGAUAUUAUUAUGGCUGUUUUCCAUUAUAGUGAACAUUUAUUUACUGUCCACAUGUGAUCAGUUCAGGAACUUUUGGGGCAACUUUAACAGGAAACUUUGAACAACUUCACAUCACUCAGAUUUAUGGCUUGGUUUGAACCCUUUUGAGCAGCUGAUUGGCUGCACUUUCUUCUGGCUUAAAAGAACAAAAUCAGGAUUUGUUGAACACUUCCUCUCAGGCGUGUAACAUCAGUGCAGCUGCAGUCACAACUAUAUGCAGUAUGAAGUUGAAUCACCACAGCAGUAGAACUUUUUGCUGCACAGGAACAGAUUGAUACACCUUGAAAUAAAGGCCUCAGUAUGCUUCAAAUGAACAGCAUCUGAAAACCUCUUUCUGAUGAGAUCUGAUGCCUCCCACAUUUUUUCUAACUUUCCCAAACACACAAUCCAACAGUCACAUUAGACUUUGCAUCUGGGGUUCAGAGAUGAACUUCUAACUCAAUUAAUUUUAUUUUUGCAAAUUUGCUGAUGCCAACAAGGACAGGCGUCUACAAUGGCAUUUGCAAAGGGUACAAACAGGUGUGCCCUCAGACAUGAGUUGGACGAUAUUUGAAGCAUGAGGAGGCCUUUAAAGGAUUUGUAAGUUGACAGAACAGCUCUGUAGAUCGGUGAGAAGGCAUUUGUGCAGAUUUGAUGGCGUACAGAUGGUUGCACUUUUUUUAAGUAAAUAAUGUUGGUUAUUAAUUAAGACAAAGCUAAAAUGUCAGGAUAUAAACCGACCAAAGUCUUCAUUUAACAACCUAAUUGUUCUUUUAAAUCGUGCAUUAUAACUAUUUAUUUCUAUGACUGGUAAGAAAUAUUUUGAUAGUUUUUUGGUGUUGCUUUUUUCUUUUUUCUUUUUAGGAUGUGUGAAUGUUGCCCCAAAAGUUUCUGCACUCAUCACUGGUUUCACUUUGAGACGGGUUGGCAACUGUGGAGGACACGCUCAACUUAAACACAGCUUUGUUUUCUUUUGUUUUUAUAAAUGUUGCAACUUUGUCCACUUUUAGUGUUACCUAUGACUUUAAAAUUAUCAUUAUUAUUAGAAGUAUUGGCAACCAAAAAAUCAUAAUCUAUGUAAUUGACACAUAUUAAUGCAAAUCACCUACGCUGACAUUAUGUCCACACUGAUGCUGAUGAAUUUGAAAACAUUUUUUGGCUUUUUUUGUCCACACUUAGCAGCCGUUUUCAACCACCCAGAACAGAAAUGGAGAAAACAUUUUUUACAAAUACCAGUCUGGAAAAACUGAGCUUUUCAAACAUUGCUGAUGUAUGCCUGUCAUGGGAGCCAUUUAUGAUAAUUCGCUGGCACAUUCUAUCCUGCAUGCACGCUCUGUGAAUGACAAUGCUUAAAAAAGAAACAGCAGAAAAACAGUCGGCAGCCAUGUGCAUACGUAUUGAACACUGUCUGCACAUGCCUUUAAUUAAAAAAAAAUAAAUGCACUUUUUGAUUUUAUUUGGUGUUUGAAAAUGACAGCGUGGACAGAAAACUUUCAAAAAUGAAACUGUUUUCAAGUUUGACCUCAUCACUGUGGGCAUGGCCUCAGAUGGGUUCUACACAGACGCACACACUGUCUCCUCUACAUUGAUUGGAUGACUUCAGUCAGAUCUUGGUGCUUGUGGAGAUGACUCGAGGAACAUUUAUUCGUACCCGGAUUGUUUUCUAUCUCAGCUGGAUGAUGACGUUACAGAGGAAACUACUGUUGCAUAUUUUUUAAGCCGAUUCACCUGUGUUCAAAGUAACUUUAAAAUAUUUACAGUCACGGUUCAAUCAUAACCACUUCAGUAUGCAAUGUUUUGUAAGUACUACAGAUACACGCAGAGUGAUUCAAGCAGUGCAUUGUGGGGAUAAAUUGUUCUCCUCAGAUAUUUUGUUCUUUUUGAAAAUGAUCUUAUAAAGCACAGCGAGAGUUGAUAAGGGAGCUUGAUGACGGCAGCAGAAAGUAGCAUUUGGCAUCAGUUAAUUUAAAGGACGAUUAACACGAUUUCAGGGAAAUGAAGGACAACUAUUAUGAUGACAAGACUUGUGAUUCAGGGUUGUUUCAGGCGAUUUAUUUCUUGCUAUAAUCCAAAACAACACGUCUAACACGGCAGUCAUUAGAGAUCUUUAAUGUCUGUACCACACUUCUGCUGACUACACUGUGUGUAUCUGUGCGUACAAGUAAAAGCAGUCCAGUAUAUAAAUCUUUGAAUUCCAGGAUUUCCCAAACAUCUCCAGUGUUUCCAACAUUCCUCCCUCAGGACCGGAGCUCAUGUCAGGAACCUGUCUGAUGCUGUACGUGCGCAGGCUGCCACUAUAACCACUACAUGUCUCCUCUUGUGUCUUAGCAAGCAUCGCUUUUGGUACAAAUUGGCAUCUUGUAUGUUGUAAAAGAAUUUAAGGAGAGUAUAUGGAACAAAUAUAUAUAGAAAUCUAUCUAAAAUGAAUAUAUUAUAUAUGGAACAAUAUGCAUUUCACACUUUCUGUUUCAUCGCCGACAUUGCUUCAUGGAUAUUUAUUUUAACGGUUGCAACAAUAGCGGUAACAAUAAUCAUGCGGAUGAUGUUGAUGGGUGAGGUAUUUAUUUUGCAGCGGCCAGAGGAAGUGAAGAGCACCGAUGUUGUUGUUGUUGUUGUUUGUCUUUUGGUUUUGUUUAUUUGUUCCUCUCAGUGUGGUGUGGCUGCUGCUACCCUCCUGGCUAAAGACGAACCAAUAAAAAGGAGUUUCCAAACAGAA